AUGCUCUUCGAAGUCAUACACGUCAAAGCAACCUUCAGGAGUCUAAGAAAUCUUCUUAGAGUGUGCUAUGGACAACCCCGGAUGAAUCAAUUUGAGAAUACAGAUACACGCAGAUUCAGGCUAGAGCUUGAAGUAAAAGAGGUGAUAUUUCACGUCACCGACUGCAACGAAAAAACCUGGAACCCUUACGUCCAAGCGGCCCUAGCAGAUUAUUGUCAUCCAUGUGCGAAUCGAAAUGAGUUUUUAUGGAAUAAUUAUAAGGAUAUUGAUGACAGAUAUUUUGCGUUCCAGCGCUCGUUAUGGUAUAAGGAUAUGCUCAUGGCGGCGCUUUGUCGCCUCGAGAGUCUACAUACUAUGAGGAUUAUACAUUCGGUUCAAAAUGUGGCAGAGUUUCCUUGGGAUUAUGAAGAUUCCCUUGAGGACCCCGAGAUGAAUUCUCGGCACCAUCUGCAACGCCUUUCCCUAAGAUCGCUGCAUGGUGACCGAGGGGAGCUCGACUCUUUGGCUGUUUUCAGCACUCUGAUGAAUGCUGCCUGGUCUACGUCGUUUUUCUCCAAGUUAGAGCUAAAAUGCUUCACGAACAGUGGUGGAAUCGGACAGGACCUAUUUCACGAUCAUGUAACCGUUACACGUGCAGCUACCCUUUUUAAAAACCUGAAAAUUCUAGAACUUCAAUUCAGCUGCGAGGUUUGGUACGAUGAUGAUAGCCAUAUGCAACAAAGCCCACUUUUCAAUCUCAUUUCUCAAGCGACAAAACUUGAGAGACUUAAACUCAGUGGACUGUUCCGGACCUGUGUCAGCGCUGACAUCACAUGCUAUAUCGGACCGCCCACUUUCGUCUGGAAAUUUUUGAAAGAUGUACAUUUGGAAGGUUUCGGUUUCACGCAAGUGGAAAUCAAUGGAUUUUUGAGAAAUCACAAGGGGACACUCAAGAAUGUUGCGCUCUGGAGGUGCGCACUUUUUGAAGGCACUUGGCCAGAUGUCAUGCGAGUGAUCAGGCAUGACGAUCUGAGACUAGAAUGGUUUAGUUUGUACUCCACCUUGGCUGAAGUUGAUUUAUCGAAGGGAGAGUAUGUUUAUACUCAGGAACAGAAUGAAACCAUGGUGAGAUAUGUUUACGGCAAGGAAGACCUACUGCCGACUAGUGGAGAUGCACAGUGGUGGCCCAUUCUCUAG